AUGUGUCUAUUGCUCUGGACAUUGCCAAACAACAACCAUCCUCGCAUCCGAUUUGCGUUUGCAAGCAACAGAGACGAAUGCCUUGAUCGUCCUACAUCUACAGCCGAAUUUUGGGACAUUACCCCUCCAGGCUCCAACAAUAUCUCCAGCCCCGGAAUCAUUUGUGGAGUUGACCGUAAGCCUCCCAAAGCAAACCUCAGGCCCGACCGUGCCCUUCCCGGAACUUGGGUCGGCAUCACAACAGAAGGCGAUCUCGUUGCUCUGACCGACUAUAUGGAAGCAUCCACAUACUACGAGCGCCCUACGCCCACGCCUCCAAAACCAACACGCGGACAGCUCUGUGGAGAUUUCCUGGUCGCUAUGGCGGAGAGCGGACACGGAAAAGACCAAGCCGCAGCUGAACAGUGGAUCCGACGGUACGCACAGGAGUGGGAUACCUCCUUGGAGGGCCUUAAUCUUUUGGUCGUCCAGGACGCAGGAGAUCAGCAGUUCAUCGGAGCCAACCGAGAGGGAUCCGAUCUGCUAGCUCUCCAUGAGGCAUCAGGACGACAAACAGUUCUGGAGAACCAGACAACCUUGACGUCCAAGAUUGCGUCCGCUUUGAACAAGGUUGGAGAACGACUGCAUCCUUCAGAGGACUAUCAGGAGGAGCACCCACGGAUAACAGAAGGUGCUGUAGCAGGACUGAGCAAUUCGGUCUUUUUACGUCCAUGGAGGAGAGUCGAGAUUGGAGUUCAGGCGCUCGAGGCGGUACUGAAUAAGAGUUUGAAACGGUUCGGCACGGAUCAGACGCCUCGGAUACUACCACCCGUUAUCGACAGCUCACCUCCUACACCCAUACCUUCCGAAAACGUGACCCCGAUACAAGUCCCCUUCGUCAAGGAACAGUUUGUCUUUGACGAUGAAUCCAAGGAACUGGUUUGGCUCGUAAUCGAGAUGCUGACUCUCUUGCGAAUCCACACCAGGCCCUACCCAGGACUCAUAGAAUCCUUCGAGAUCUUCGCCACCGGGAUCCGAGACCGCGUGUUCAUCCCCCGCACGGGACUGAAGCAUCUCUGCCUACCGCACGUUCGUGGCGAGUACGGUACACGAUCGAGUACAGUCGUUCUGUUUGGUCGAUCCGGUCGUGCGGUAUUUGUGGAGAAGAACUGGUACGCUCCGCUAGAUGAAGAGACGGGAGAACGGCCAAUCUUUGACGUUGACAGUACAGAGGGCGUUAUCUGGUGGCAGGGACAGAUUGGUCGACCGCGCGACGAGUGGACUCGGAUCAAGGGAGCGGAGCUCGAAGCCUUGUUUGACUGUGCACGCGAUUCAAGUAAAACAGCAAAGGCGCUGUAG